GAUACAUGCUUGUGUGUGUAUGGAGGGGAGAAAGAUCAGGUGUGGUGUUGGCGAAUCUCAGGAAGCAUGGAAGUUUUGAAGGAUGCAGUGAUCCGACAACCAACAACUGAUGCUGGCAGUUUAUCUUGUCUUCGCUCUCUGGAAUGGAGAAGAGAUGACUCCUUUACAGGUUAAUUAAGCUUGGAUAAACUUUACAAAAGAGUUGACAGUUUUCACCUGUUGAUUUAGGUAUAAAGAUCACAGAUGAAAGAAAGAUUAACAUUAAAUUAUUCUCUGAAAAUAGUGAUCCAACUUCGUACAAACAUAUUCAUAGAAAUGAAAAAAUCAUUAUCAUUGUGAUACGUCUAAUUAAUUAUUCUCUCAUAAUGGAUAAUUCAACUAAACCAAAAAACUCUGAUACAGGUGAGAAGCCGUUUCUUUGCAUUACCUGUGGUAAAUCAUUCUCCCAGAAGAGUAACUUAACUACUCACACACGUACACACACAGGUGAGAAGCCUCAUCAGUGCAAUACCUGUGGUAAAUCAUUCUCUCGAGCCUGUCACCUGAGAAGACACAAACAUAUUCAUACAGGUGAGAAGCUAUUUCAUUGUAAUAUCUGUGGCAAAUCGUUCUCCUCUGACAGUCCCUUGAACGUCCACAAACUUAUUCAUACAGGUGAGAAGCCAUAUGACUGUGAUAUAUGUGGUAAGUCACUCUCUUGUAGUAGUUACCUGACCAAACACAAACUCAUUCAUACAGGUGAGAAGCCAUAUCACUGUACCUUCUGCGGUAAAUCAUUUUCUAAAAGCAAUCACUUGUCUAGGCACAGACGUAUUCAUACUGGAGUGAAACCUUAUGACUGCGAGAUCUGUGGUAAAUCAUUUCCAGGAAACAACUCUUUCGCUCGUCACAAGCGUAUUCAUACAGGUGAGAAGCCAUUUCAUUGUGAGAUCUGUGGGAAAUCAUUUUCUGAGAACUGUUCCUUGACAAAUCACAAACGUACUCAUACUGGGGAAAAACCAUAUGUGUGUGAUAUCUGUGGUAAAUUAUUUUCUGUAUCUGGUCAUAUGAAAUCACACAGACGUACUCAUACAGGUGAGAAGCCAUAUCAUUGUGAUAUCUGUGGUAAAUCAUUCUCAUCUAAUAGUCCUUUGACCAGGCACAAGCGUAUUCAUACUGGGGAAAAACCAUAUGACUGCGAUAUUUGUGGUAAAUCAUUUUCUUGUAGUGGAGACUUAAAUAGUCACAAACGCAUUCAUACAGGUGAGAAACCAUAUCGCUGUGAUAUCUGUGAUAAAUCAUUCUCUCAUAGGUGUUCGUUGACUUAUCACUUAACUACGCACACAGUUGAGAAACCAUAUCAUUGCGAUAUCUGUGGUAAAUCAUUCCCUCAAAAUAGUAUUUUGACUAAACACAAACGCGUUCAUACUGAGGAAUAACCACGUCAGUGUGAUGCCUGUGGUAAAUCAUUCUCUCAAAGGAGUCACUUGGCUGACCACAAACGUUCACAUACAGGAGAGAAACCCUAUCACUGUGACUUCUGUGGUAAAUCAUUCUCUCAAAGGAGUCACUUGGCUGACCACAAACGUUCACAUACAGGAGAGAAACCCUAUCACUGUGACUUCUGUGGUAAAUCAUUCCUUCAGCGUCGUUAUUUAACUUAUCACCAACGGAUACACAGAGGAGACAGACCACAUCAUUGUGAUAUCUGUGGUAAAUCGUUCUCUCUAAGUCAUCACUUGACUACUCACAAACUUACACAUACAGGAGAGAAACCAUAUCGCUGUAAUAUCUGUGGUAAAUCAUUCUCUCAAAGGAGUCACUUGACUACUCACAAACACAUUCAUACAG